AUGAACAUAUUUAUUUUAUUUAUUACAAUUUGUAUUCUAACAACACCAUCAGUUGUACAGUCUGCGACAUGUGGUCUGGAUCAAUCAUAUCAUACAGCAAUUGCCACUUGGUAUCCAGGUGAUUAUCAAGGUGCCUGUGGUUUUGGUCCAUUGUUUGGAAGCACCGGUCCCCACACACCAUACAUCACAGCACUGUCUGCAUCAUGGUUUGACGCAUCCACCCAGUGUGGCGUCUGUUUCGAACUGACCUCACCAUACACCAACAAGACCAUCACAGUGGUGGCCACUGACAACUGUCCCGAUUGUCCAGAGGAGCAUCACUUUGAUCUGUCCAAGGAUGCCUUUGCCCAGAUGGCCGACCCCAGUCUCGGUCGUCUCAACAACAUCACAUGGCGUCAGGUGGCCUGUGGCAACAUUGGAUCGUUGGGCAUCAGUUUGGUCAAGGGAUCCAAUCAGUAUUGGGUUGGCUACGUGAUCUACAAUAGCUACGUUGGCAUCAGCAAGGUGGAGGAGCAGUUGAAUGGAACGACAGAGUGGGUCAAUGUACCUCGUGCGCCAUACAACUACUUUGAGAGCAAGGUGAACCACAAGGAUCAACCAUAUAAUGUUAGAAUCACAUCGAUCCUUGGCGAGCAGAUAACAUACCAAGUGCAAAAGGCAGAGCCAUCCAAUCUCCUGGUGAAGUCACAGUUCAGUGCAGAUGGUUGUGCCGCUGGCAAGUUAUUAAUUAUGGCAAGUGGAGCCAAUCACUCAAUCACCGUCCAAAUCAUUCCAUUGAUUGGACUGAUCAUCACCUGUACCAUGAUGUUGUUGUAG